GUGAUAAACUUAUUAAAUAGGUUGAAAUGCACUGCAAUGAUUAGAUGAGAAUGAUUCCUCCAAAAUGUCCUCUUCUUUGGCAGCUGCUGACCAGUGUCGUCUGUUGCAGUCUGUGGAAUGUGUUCACUCUCUGUGAAGCGAAGACAGUCGUGGUCUCGUUCGAUGGGUUCCGGUGGGACUACAUGCACAUCUAUCGGGAGCAGCUGCCCACCUUCUGGAAACUAGCGGAGGAGGGAGUACAUGUUGAACAAGGUCUUAUCAACGCUUUCAUCACAAAAACGUGUCCAAACCACCGCACCAUAUCUACUGGCAUGUGGGAAGAGAACCACGGCAUGGUGGCCAACAACUUCUGGGCCCCAGAUGUGAACGCCUCCUUCGACUUCUCCAAAAACAACUUCUCCUUCUGGAAAGAGGCCGAACCCUUCUGGACGAGUGCGGAGAAACAGAAUGUGACCUCAGUGUGUCUCCAGUUCCCAGGCUGUGCAGUGAAAGAGCAACAGGCGACUUAUACACUGGGACUGCCGUACAGCAACGACUACUCCUGGAAGUCGAUUGUGGAUAACAUGACCCUGUAUUUCAACAAAGAGCAAAACCCAGCACAGUUUGCAGUCUUGUACUACUACGAGCCAGAUCACACAGGCCAUGAACAUGGACCUCAUUCGGAUGAAAUGCGAGCAAAGCUGGUGGAAGUGGAUGGAUACUUGGAGUAUCUACUGUCCAAACUAUCCACUGAGCACGAUGACGUCAUAAUUACAUCAGACCACGGAAUGGCCUCUGUGUCGACUGAUCACGUCAUUUCCAUCCAGGGAUACCUGAAUGAGUCAUAUUAUGACCACGCUUUCUUCUCCGCCUACACGGAGGCUCUGCUUUACUCGAAAAACGGAUUCCACGACAUGUUAAUGCAAGAUGUACAACAUUUCAUAAACGAUCACCCAAAUUUCACGGCGUACAGCAGGGCGGACAUUCCGGAGCACUGGCACUACAAGUACAACGAGAGGAUCCCGGACAUCUUGAUAGUGGCUGAUUACGGGUGGCUGCUGGUAGACAGACAAGACAGCAUAGACUACCUCAAGGGGAAGAACAUCAUAGGGCAGCAUGGCUUCGACAAUCUUCGGCUGGAAAUGCAUCCGGUUUUUGUGGCUAGGGGUCCCUCCUUCAGGAAAAACUUCACCCUGCCCCCUGGGCAGAUGGAGUCGGUGGACAUAUACCCACUCGUUGGUUCAAUAGUGGGGUUUGCGACGGAUAAAACGAACGGAUCUCUGUCACAUGUCCUGCCUCUUCUGGCUUCUUCGUCUGGCAAAACGAGCAGUCUGACUCAGUUGGUGCCGAUGUACGUGGUGGAGUUGGGGGGCAGCCUCCUCAUCCUUCUGGCCUUGUGUCUCGUCUACUCUCUUUUCAUCCUCGUCACAGGUCGCGACUGCUGUUUGAGAGAGACGGAAGAAGCGUCUAAAAAGAGAAUGUAUCUUCUGCCGAGUGAUCUAGACGACGAAGAGAAUGACGACCAGCUGUUCAGUCUGGAGGAAAAGGAACAGGCCUCUAUGCCUUUUCUCCAGAAGGACAGAAACAAAACACGGCUCACAUCACAACACUCUUGAACAAUCACUCCAUCAUAAUUCCCAUCUGCUUAAUUGGGAGUUUUGCCGGGGGUGGAGGGGGGUAUAUUUAAUACCAAGUAUCAUGAGAGGGGUAGUUGGAGUAAAAGAGGUUCUUGUAUCUGUGUACAUACAUGGCAUUAAUAUCGGCAAGAUUACCUCAAAAAUAAGCGGUGCUAGUUUUCUGAUUUUCUUUUCCUGCAGCUAGCUCAUACUUAUUUAUUGCUUUCACAUAUACGCAUGGCCCCCUAAAGUUGCGGUUUCAUAAGGGAAAACAUGAAAUAAAAAAGUAAAAUUCAGAAUAUUCGCAUCAGUUGUGGCGGCUAAUUUCGCAGAAAAAUGGCUGAUUAGUGGUGGCAUUAAUGAGUUUUACCAGGCUCAGGUCUAGGUUUUCUGAAGAACUCAAUACUGAUUAAUUUAAAUUGAAUUUUUGAGCCUGUCACAAUCCGGUCUUGUUGGAGAAUCAAAAUUAUGCAUGAGAUUUUCAAUAAGCUUCAAUUUUGUGCGACCACAGAUUUUUCAUUAGAUCUAUCGGGUAAAGUUUAUAAGACGGUGUUUUUUAUCCGUGCUUUGACAACCGUGGUUUGUGAAGCUAUGAGUUACUCUUGUUGAAAUUAUUUCAGCAGUUUUGUUACUAAGGCAGAAAUGUUUCUCUUUUGUUCCUUUCUUUUCUACAUAUUAAAAUGGUGCUAAAAUAUUGUUUUCGGUAGUAACACUAAUUUCAAUGUUUCUGAAUCACAGUAAUCAAGAAUUUAGAAUAGUUUGAUUAUGAUCGCGGACGAUCAUUAAUUUUAAUAACGAAGGCUGUAAAUAUAAUAUAUCCUGUGAAAAGUUUCGAAGCUCCUAAGUUUUAAACUCUACCUUUAUGUAAUCGAAAGUCCUCGUUAGCUUUACCUCAGAUUUAAAUUUCAUGUUCUUUCAUGUGAAUUGAUAUAUUAAAAACUG